AUGUCUUUGCGCUGUCGAGGUAUGUUGCUUCUUGUCGCCCUUGUCCAGUGCUGUCUCUCGCUGACGGGAUCCGUUUCCAGUGCAGUAGUCACCCCGCUUUGCGGGCAAAUCGCUGACCUCUUUGGGCGACGAUGGCUGACCAUCUCGAUUGUCGUCAUUUAUACCGUGGGCAGUGCGAUUUGCGGCACGGCACAGAGCGGAGCCAUGCUGAUCGCCGGUCGCGUGGUGCAGGGCCUGGGCAGUGGUGGCGUGGAGAUGAUGGUGGAGGUGAUCAUCUCCGACCUGGUGCCGUUGCGACAGCGAGGCAAUUUCAUGGCCAUGAUCCUCGCUAUCUUCGCCCUCGGAACGUCGUUGGGCCCCUUUCUGGGCGGCCUUAUUGUCGAGACGACGACCUGGCGAUGGAUAUUCUAUCUAAACCUUCCCAUCGGCGGCACCGCCGCGAUUCUUUUAUUCUUCUUCCUUCAUGUCGGCUACAACCGGCAGAUGACUUUUGCCCAACGCCUCAAGAGGAUCGAUGUUCUCGGAGCCAUCAUCCUCGUGAUGGCCAGUGUCUCGGUCCUGUUUGCGCUCACCUACGGUGGAUCCAAGUACGAGUGGGAAUCAGGGCAUAUUAUCGCCCCCUUGGUGCUGGGACUGAGCGGUUUUGUGCUUUAUUUGUUGUAUGAAGGAUCUGGUUUCUGCAUUCAGCCCAUGACUCCGGUGAGACUGUUCCAAAGCAGGACAUCCGUGGUCGUGUUCGCCAAUACCUUCAUCAAUUCGUGCCUGCUCUUCUGGGUCAUUUUCUUCCUCCCCCUCUAUUUCCAGGUCAUUCUCGGUUCCAGUCCAGCCCGGUCGGGCGUGCAGCUGCUGCCCAGCGUUCUCAUGGCCAUUCCAGGGGCUGCCGUCGCGGCUCUGCUGCUCUCGAAGUUUGGCAGAUAUAAGAUUCUCCAUAUUGUUGGAUUUGCUCUGGCCACACUGGGACUGGGACUAUUCAGCUUGCUAGGUCCGACAUCAUCCACAGCCGAAUGGGUCAUCUUCCAGAUCAUCGCCGCUGCCGGGUCCGGGAUGGUGUUUGACACACUCCUCCCAGCGUUUCAGGCUGGUCUUGCUGAACGAGAUCAGGCCGCCGCCACCGCCAGCAUGGCCUUUAUCCGCUGCUUUGGCAACAUCUGGGGAUUUGCCAUACCCGCUGCCGUUUUCAACACGCGAAUUGAGCACGGCUUGCGUCAGGUGCAGGAUCCGUCGGUGCGCGCGAGUCUCUCCCAUGGACAAGCGUACCAGCAUGCCAGCCGGGGGUUUGUGAACUCUCUGGCUCCGGCCACGCAGCAACAGGUCCAAAGACUCUUCACGGACGCGCUGCGUCUCGUCUGGCAGAUCGCCAUCGUCUUCGCGGGUGUUGCCUUUGUCCUGGCCAUAUUCGAGAAAGAGGUCCGUCUCCGGACGGAGCUGGAGACCGAAUACGGUCUGGAGGACGUCCACAUCAAAGACCAAGACGUCAAUAUCAAGGACCAAUGGGACGGCAAAAGGCUGGUGACGCCGAAGAGUGAUGUGGUGGGGGAUGAUAGGUCGGGAGUUUCGAUCCGCGAGAUGUCAUGA